AGGCACCAGCUUACACGAACCCAAUCCCAGACCCACGGCUUGCCCGACCCCAGAGGGACCUGGUCUGGGAAGGCUGAUUUGGAGCUUUUUCCCCAUAUUCUGAGCGUUUUUUUACCUUUCUCUCCCCAAUACCAAAGCCCCUGGGGGAGCCCCAGGCUCCCUGCUCCUGCUCGUCCCCUCUGGCCGCUCUGGCUUCACCCCGGCACUCACACUGCGUUUUUCCUCCGCAGCUUAAACGAGCUCGAGCAAAGGCUGGCCGAAGCCGAGUUCAAGCAGGAGCACCUCACCUUCACGUUCACCACCAUCCAGGCCCACGUGUUCAAGUUUAGGGCCCAGGACUUCAGGGGGUUAAAUCUCUCCAGUGAGACGGCACAGAACAGAAAGCAAACAGAGAUCCGGGUCCAGCACGCCAUGUACUUCCCAGCAGAGCUCAUGCAGGGCAUCCAGGCAAGAGAGGUCGAGCAGAAACUCGUCUGCAUUUACAUCCACAGCCCUUGCAUCUUCCAGGAUGCACGCAACAGCUCUGUGCUGAACGACAACAUCUUGGGAGCCUUCCUCCCAAAAGUCUAUGUCACCAACCUCCCCCAGCCUGUGGAGAUCCAGUUCCAGCACGACAAAGUGCUGGACACCUCCAACGCAACCUGCGUCUCCUGGCUGCAGGGAGCCGGCAGUGGGGACUUGGGAAGCUGGAGCUCGGAGGGCUGCGAGACCAGGCACAGCCAGGGCACCGUCCUGUGCCGCUGCAACCACCUCACCUACUUCGCCGUGCUGCUGAUCACACCAGGCAACAUCAGCCAGGCCGAGCUAGUGUCUCUCACCUACAUCAGUAUCGUGGGCUGCUCCAUCUCAGCUGCUGCCUCGCUUUUCACUGUCCUCCUGUGCUGCAUCUUCAGGAGGAAGAAGAGUGAUGACACAACCAAAAUCCACAUGAACUUGCUGGGUGCACUCUUCCUCCUGAACAGUGGGUUCCUGCUCAGUGAGCCGCUGGCCUUGGCCUCGGAGGGACUGUGCCGGGCUGCAGCUGCCUUCCUGCAUGGCUGCCUCCUCUGCACCUUGGCCUGGAUGGCAGCUGAGGCCUUCCACCUCUACCUCCUCCUCAUCAAGGUCUACAACAUCUAUGUCCGGCACUACCUCCUCAAGCUCUGCCUCUUUGGCUGGGGUCUGCCAGCGUUAGCAGUAAUUAGCAUUUUGCUCUUCAAAAGAGAUGCCUAUGGAUGCCUUGACAUCAAAACCACUGAUGGCUACAAAAAUGCUACGAUGUGCUGGCUCACCAGCCGGGCAGCUCACUACAGCACCCUGUGCUAUGCCGGCCUCAUCCUGCUCUUCAACACCCUGGUGCUGCUCACCGUUGUGAGGAUGCUGAGGAGCAGCCAGCGCCAGAAGGAGACGGCGAGGAAGGAUUGGGCAACGGUGCUGGGGCUCACCUGCCUGCUGGGCACCACCUGGGGUGUGGCCUUCUUCAGCUUCGAUGUCGUCUUCGUCCCCCAAGUCUACCUCUUCACCCUCUUCAACUCCCUGCAAGGUCUCUUCAUCUCUCUGUGGUACCUCACCGUGCACUGCCGGAUGGACUGCGGCUUUGCCAGCACCACCUCCACCACCACCAGAUAAGUGGACCCAUCUGGACCUCCUGCAGGUGCCUGGCAUGGAGCAUUUGGGCAACCGGUAGCAAAAUGCUUAGCUGGAUGUUUUUCCAAGUAUUGUUAGGGCACACACAAAUCUCCCCUGUGACCACGCAGCCCACGCGUGUCCGCUCCGAGCAGAUGCAUCCCCUAGCCGUCGCUCCGUGCCGAUGCUGCGCACGGCGUGGAAGGACUCGCUGGGCUUGACAGCCAGAGUUGUGGACGAGCAGGGUUUCUUUAAAGGAAGUAUUCUGGCUGCAAAACUUCUGCCCGGUGGGAGCUGGCUGGUGCUCGGGGGAGCUGCGGUUUGGGGCCCCACAGCACUGCCGCAGGUGGGGCGCUCACUGUCCUGCCUGGACCGCAUGGGAAGGAGACACAGGCCCGGCUGCCCAGAGGGGUAGGGGCUGCCCCGCUUCAAACCAACACGUUAGUCCCCAGGGAAACCAUAUUGGC